AUGAGGUCGUGUUAUGUGCGAAGGGCAUCCACGACAUCUAUCCUCAGCACCAUGGCCCGAACCCCGAAACCCGCAUCAUCCUCUUCAAAUGCAUCCGCAUCUCAAUCACAUCCGAACACGCCCUUACCAACAUCACCACCGACGUCCCCACCACCUUCGCCAUCCAUGGCGCGCGCGAGGCCGCGACCGGUGAGGCCGCAACCUCCAGCGCGAAGCGAUAGCCAUCCGCCGCCAUAUGUAUCACCGGGACAGGCCAUCGCAGAUGCGUGGAGACGGGAGAGCGCGGAGAAUCAGGAACGAUGGCGAGAGGCUGACCGCCGGCAACACGACUACUGGCCGCGCACAGCCGAGAGACGAGACAAGGCGAAGAUUUUGACUCGCGCCACCACUACAAGCGCCAGACAACAUGUCGCUCAAGACAGUCAAGGACCUGACCGCGGGCACGGCGGGAGGCAUUGCCCAGGUCCGGACCCAACCCGCUCGCACCCGCCUGCGCGUGCCGCACGCUCACUGUACUACGCGCGUGCAACCCAACAGGUUCUCGUCGGCCAGCCUUUCGACAUUGUCAAAGUGCGCAUGCAAACAGCGCCCAAGGGCACGUACAAUGGCAUGCUGCACUGCGCAGGCGGCAUUCUAAAAAACGAGGGCCCGCUGGCAUUUUACAAGGGCACGUUGACACCGUUACUCGGCAUCGGAGUCUGCGUGUCAAUCCAGUUCGCCGUGCUGGAAUAUGUGAAACGCGAAUUCACUGAGCGUAACCUGGCACGAGGACUCGGUGGACCAGAUGGAAAACUACUCAGCGCCGACCAGCUCAUGUUCGCCGGUAUCGCAGCAGGUCUCGGUAACGGCUUUGUGUCCGGCCCUGUGGAACACAUACGAAUUCGUCUACAAACGCAGCCGGACAAGGCGAAGUUGUACAAUGGACCCUGGGACGCGAUCCGCAAGAUCCACGCCGCGCACGGGAUUCGCGGUAUAUUCAAGGGCCAGAACGUUACGUUCCUGCGCGAGGCAGCUGGCUAUGGCGUGUACUUCACUGUCUAUGAGAAGCUAGUGCAACGCGAGAUGCGCGUGAAGGGCAUUAGGCGCGACCAGAUCAGUCCGGCGAACGCCGUUCUCUACGGCGCCGCCGCAGGAUAUGCGCUCUGGGCAAUCAUUUACCCCAUCGACAUGAUCAAGUCACGUAUGCAAACAGACGGCUUCUCACCGGCGACAGGCCAGAAGUACUCAGGCGCAUGGCACGCUUUCCGCACAGUCCUCGCAACCGAGGGCCCCGCGGCCUUCACGCGCGGACUCAUCCCCACGCUCAUCCGGUCACCGUUCGCGAAUGGAGCAACCUUCCUCGGGUUUGAGAUGGCGAAUCGCCUACUCAACUCCCCGGAUGAGAUCAGCUGA